GGUCACACUGACUCAGCUAUAUUUUGUUUUUGUUGCUGUUCGUUUUAUGUUUCAUAGAAGUUGCGCAUAAAUUCCCUAUCAAAUCAUUAACAAUUUGCGCAUUUAAAUGCAGCCGCCCCUUUUUAGUUGCUUGCGCUAGGAGUUGGAAUCCCAGAAAGAUCGCUGGAUACACACGCACACAGACGCAGAAGCGAGGGAAGGACCCAAGGAUACAAUUCAAGGACUGCAGCAACAAAAACACAGCAACGAUGUCGGUGGCCGGGCUUCGGCAAUGUCUGCUACUCUGGAGCGUCGACUACUGGAACUUGGAAGUCAUGGCUGACAAUGUCUUCAAGUCGCACGAUAUCGGGCUGCGGGCGCAGAAGAAAAUCCUCUCACGCAUGGCCACCAAAAACAUCGCGAAGACCUUUAUCGAUGGGACAACGGCCUCGCUGCUGGACAACCUGUACAGGCUCUGCAAGAUGCACACCGGGAACAAGGCCAAGGCGGAGAAGCUGAUCAAGAACAUCAUCAAGAUUGUGAUCAAGAUCGGGGUACUCCACCGGAACAAUCAGUUCAGCGAGGAGGAGCUGGAAAAGGCGGAGAACUUUAAGAGAAAGUUUCAGAACACCCAGCUCUCCAUCAUAUCGUUCUACGAAGUGGACUUCACGUUCGACCUGGCCUACCUGCAGAAAUCCAUAGCCGAGUCGCAAAUGGCACUGAAGUCGAUUGUACAGCCGCAUCUCACAGAGAAGUCGCUGGGCCGCAUCGACGAGGUGUUCGAUUUCUUUGGCGAGGAGACGCUGCUGGAAACGGCUUUCCGAUCCGACUCCCCCUAUCGCGAGGUGAUGGGAAAGAUCGUGGCCGACAUUAACGCCGCCAUGGAAACGGGGGAUAUAUGAGGAGACCGGCAAACGAACUGAGCUGUCAUUGCGUGCUAUGAACGAAAGGCUAUCUAUCGAAACCAAAAAGCAGCCAGUAGCUAGUUGCAAAUGGAAAAUGCUUACUUAAGAGCU